AUGAACCCUCGGUUAACACAUGGCCAUGAAAGCCUGUUCUACGUUAGUGGCAUUCUUGGCACUAGUCUCCAUGAAAGGAAUGCCGAUUUCAUCAGCGAAAGCCUUUACCAAAGUGGGGAAGAAAAUAAGGAUAAACUUGAAUUUUGGAUCAGCUUCUCAGAGACUAAACUAAUAAGAGGGCAAACAGGGAAAAAUGUCUACCUUAGCUGUCUCAUAAGGGACAGCUCUGUUUUCGGCAAGGUCACACUUGUUUCCUACCAGAAGUUUGUUUACAUUCUCACUGGCAUACCGAUCGAUUUCGUUCAACCAUUGCUUCACAUUGUUGAAGCUCUCCAUGUCAGUUACAUCAUAUACUAUCUGCCACACAAUUCCAAGUUGUACAGCAGGUUUAGGAUCACAAAAGCAAAAAGUGAACUAGAAGGGAUAAAAAUCAACAUGAAAAAAAACUAA